AAUGUGCCUCUACUGAGAAACCUUAGGGGCGUGGUACCUGCAGCGGGGCGUGUCCUACUGCAGGGGGCAGAGUGAGAGCGAGGGAGAGAGAGGUGACGCAGGAGGGUCCGGCCCGGGAGAGAGGGGAGUGAAUUGUAAGCUCAUUAAGGAGCGCGGGGUUGUCGCAGCGAUCACGAAGAGGCUUGUGCACUGGCAACAUGAACCGGGGACACCGGGCGGCGGGUACCAGCAGCAGGUCCCUGGGUACCGUAGAGGUGAAAAGCAAGUUUGGGGCAGAAUUCCGACGCUUUGCUUUGGAAAAGACCAAACCGGGAAAAUUUGACGAAUUCUAUGGAUUACUCCAACACGUGCACAAAAUCCCAAAUGUGGAAGUAUUGGUGGGCUACGCAGAUAUUCACGGGGACUUGUUGCCUAUUAACAAUGAUGACAAUUAUCUUAAAGCAAUAACUACGGCGAACCCCUUGCUCCGGAUAUUUCUGCAGAGAAAAGAGGAGGCCGAUUACAGUGCAUUCGGCACAGACACUUUAACCAAAAAGAAGACUGUCCUUUCAACAGUGUUGCACCCGGAGCUGAACAAAAAGAAGCCGCACAUAGUUAUAAGCAUGCCAAAAGAUUUCAGACCUGUUUCAUCAAUCAUUGACGUAGACAUACUCCCCGAAACCCACCGCCGGGUUCGGCUCUACAAGCACGGCAUGGAUAAACCUCUUGGCUUCUACAUACGUGAUGGCUCCAGUGUCCGAAUGACCCCACAUGGAUUAGAGAAAGUGCCCGGGAUUUUUAUAUCACGGCUUGUACCUGGUGGACUUGCACAGAGCACUGGCUUGCUGGCCGUCAACGACGAGGUCCUUGAAGUCAACGGGAUUGAAGUUUCCGGAAAGAGCCUUGACCAAGUGACUGAUAUGAUGAUUGCAAACAGUCACAACCUUAUUAUAACAGUAAGACCUGCCAACCAGAGGAACAAUAUUGUUCGAAACAGCCGGAAUUCGGGAAGCUCUGGGCAGUCUACGGACAGCAGCACAAGUAUGCAGGGCCACGUUGCCCCUCCGCAGAUUGUGCAGAACUAUGUUCCGGAAGAUGCUGAGAGCGACGAUGAGGACAUUAUCAUCGAAGAGGAUGGUGACCCCCAACAGAUUCCCAAAGCCAUUCCCACCAGCGAGAGCUUGGAAUCUUUAUCACGCAUGGAAAUGUACGAUUCAUCUCAAAAUGGCUACAUCCCAACAAACACUUACAGAAUGCACCUCCGCACCACAGGGGGCAGCAUGGAGCAACUGGGAAAUAACCACGAUAAAAAAAUCUUCGAAGAAGACGGUACCAUCCUUACACUGUGAACUCCUCAUUCCCCACUCCCUGGAGAUACGACUCGGGUGGUUAACGAAUGGCUCGUUGGUUGCACAUCUACUUUUUAGUUCUUGAUCCGCGUGAUGAUACUGUAAAUGGGAAAGAGAUCUUUUUAAAAUAUUUUAUGUAAUGUAUAGUUUUAUUUUCCCAGAAGAUUUUAUUUCUUUUGGCACGAAGUAUAACCUUUCUUCGGUGUGUGAAAUGAAGGAGAAAUAACGACCAAUGCCGCCUGUCCCUUUUAUACCUUACAUUCCAUAUGUGAACAAAAUAUUCUGUAUCCGUCACUUUGUAUUGGCAUGUAGCGUUGUUAAUCCACGCUCUUGUGAUUCCUCUAGACAAGACACACGGACGCAACGUGUGUUGAAUGUCCUGUCAUCCAUUUUAUCUCCGCUAGGGUUUUUUUUUAUACUUUGUAUUUCCUUGUUGGUGUUCCAAACAUGAUAACAGGCGACGCAUUGCAGAGCCCUCGAAUUCUGCCUUUUCCACUGUUUUAUAACCCAAAUAUUUGCUUUGGCCUUCUGUUGAAAUUUGAAUAAAAUUCCGAAUCAUUUGCAAUGUUGAAACCUGGUAUAUAUCCAGGAAUACCCAUGAAAUUCAGGAAGGAUUCUUGUAACCUGCACUGCUGAACCUGUUGGCCGACAUUGUUUUAGUGUA